UCUGUUGAAGGUGUGCUUCAUGGCGGUUACGGGGACUGCGGGAGGUGAAGCUCUGACGAUGGAGAAUGGACAGGGCACAGGCUCCAAGCUUGGCCUACCGCCUCUUACCCCCGAGCAGCAGGAGGCACUUCAGAGGGCAAAGAAGUAUGCCAUGGAACAAAGCAUUAAGAGUGUGUUGGUGAAGCAGACCAUCGCCCAUCAGCAGCAGCAGCUCACCAACCUGCAGAUGGCAGCAGUGACAAUGGGCUUUGGAGAUCCUCUCUCACCUUUACAAUCGGUGGCAGCUCAGCGGCAACGUGCGCUGGCGAUCAUGUGUCGGGUGUAUGUGGGCUCCAUCUACUAUGAGCUGGGUGAGGACACCAUCAGACAGGCCUUUGCCCCCUUCGGCCCAAUUAAGAGCAUUGACAUGUCAUGGGACUCGGUUACAAUGAAACACAAGGGCUUUGCCUUUGUGGAGUAUGAUGUGCCAGAAGCUGCCCAGCUGGCUCUGGAACAGAUGAACUCCGUCAUGUUGGGGGGACGAAACAUUAACAUCGGUCAGGCGCAACCCAUCAUCGACCAGCUGGCAGAGGAGGCUCGCGCCUAUAACCGGAUCUACGUGGCAUCGGUCCACCCUGACCUGUCAGAUGAUGACAUCAAGAGUGUGUUUGAGGCAUUCGGCAGGAUCAAGUCUUGCACGUUAGCCAGAGACCCCACAUCUGGGCGACACAGAGGCUUUGGCUUCAUUGAGUAUGAAAAGCCUCAAUCAGCUCUGGAUGCUGUGUCCUCAAUGAACCUCUUUGACCUGGGUGGUCAAUAUUUAAGAGUUGGCAAAGCAGUGACCCCACCUAUACCUUUACUGACCCCCACAACCCCAGGUGGCCUGCCACCAGCUGCAGCUGUGGCUGCGGCGGCAGCUACCGCUAAGAUAACGGCCCAGGCAAGUAUGAAUCCCUUCCAAAGGGAUUUAGUGGCCUUCCAGGAGGCUGUAGCUGGCGCAUCAGUCUUAGGGGCGUUGGCUGCGCCACAACUUCUCAGUCAGCAGAUGGGAUUACCGCAAGCCGUAAUGGCUGCCCAGGCACCAGGUGUAAUCACAGGUGUGACCCCAGUGCGUCCUCCCAUACCUGUCAUCCCCCAAGUUGGUCUAGUAAACCCGGUGCUCGCGUCACCACCAGUCCUGUCUAACCAAAGUGGUGGCGCCAACCAACUAGAAAAGAAGGAAGAGAAAGAGGAGACCCUUCAGGAUGGUACAGGGCAGGAGAUGCUAAGCGACCAGGAGCACAUGAGCAUUUCGGGCAGCAGUGCCAGACAUAUGGUGAUGCAGAAGUUACUAAGAAAGUCAGAGUCCACAGUUAUGGUACUUCGGAACAUGGUUGGACCAGAGGACAUUGACGACGACCUGGAGGGCGAGGUGACGGAGGAGUGUGGGAAGUUUGGCACUGUCAACCGAGUCAUCAUAUACCAAGAGAAGCAAGGAGAGGAAGAAGAUGCAGAUAUCAUAGUCAAAAUCUUUGUAGAGUUUUCUGCAGCCUCGGAGAUGAACAAAGCGAUCCAGGCCCUCAAUGACCGCUGGUUCGGAGGUCGUAAAGUUGUUGCAGAAGUUUAUGACCAAGACCGUUUUAACAGCAGUGACCUCUCAGCGUAGAGGUCUGAAGUGAUUUCCCAACAACUGUCACCGAGUCAUUUCAGUCAUCGUCACUGCAGCUAAAGACACAGGCCUCUGAAACUUGUAAUUAUGUUUUUAUUGUCACCUUUUUCUUUUUUAAUUAC